GGACCGAGCCGCCCAGGCCGCCGGCCGCGGCGGAGGAUGUGUCAGCCCACGGCCCGCGCCCGCCGCCGCCCGUGAGCGCGGCCCGCCCCGCACCCGGCCCCGCGGGCCGCCGCCCCGGCCCCGCGCACCAUGUCCAAGAUGCCGGCCAAGAAGAAGAGCUGCUUCCAGAUCACCAGCGUCACCACGGCGCAGGCGGCCUCCAGCCUGGCCGAGGACACCGAGAGCCUGGACGACCCGGACGAGUCUCGCACCGAGGACGUGUCCUCCGAGAUCUUCGACGUGUCCCGCGCCACCGACUUCGGCCCCGAGGAGGCGUGCGAGCGCAGCUCGUCGGAGGAGACGCUCAACAACGUGGGCGAGGCGGAGACGCCGGGCGCCGUGUCCCCGAACCUGCCGCCCGACGGGCCCGCGGGGCGCGGCGCGGCGCCAGCCCCGGCCCCCGCCCCUGCUGCGGCCCCGCCGCCGCCCGCCGCCGCCGCCGCCGCCUGCAGCUCGCGCUUCCGCGUGAUCAAGCUGGACCACGGCAGCGGGGAGCCCUACCGGCGCGGCCGCUGGACGUGCGUGGAGUACUACGAGCGGGACGCCGACGGCAGCGUGCUGGCCCGCUCCGCCGACUGCAUCCGCCACGCCGGCGCCAUCGAGCCGGCCGCCGAGCGCGACAGCGGCCUGGGCGCCACCGGGGGCUCGGUGGUGGUGGUGCUGGCCGCGGGGCCCGGCGCGCGCGGGCCCGACUCGGGCGCGGACGUCGCCCCGCUGGAAUCCGCGGGCGCGGCCCCGGCCCCCGGGAGCCUACCCCUGCCGCCGGCCGCCUACCCGCCGGCUGCGCCGCCCUCCUCCGGCCCGAGUGACUACCGGCCGCCGCCGCAGCACGUGGCGGGCCGGCCGUCGCCCGGCCCCGCGCCGCCCGCCGCCGCCGCCGCGUCUUCCCUGCCCGGGGAGGCCGGGGCGGCGGGGGGCGGGGGGUUCCUGCCGUCCGGGGGGCUGCCCGCUGCGGCGCCCGGACUGCCCAGCACCGUGCCUGCAGCCGGACCCGCCCCGAGCGUGCCCGGCGUGCCCACCGCCUCCGUCACCAUGCCAAAUGCCCCCGCGCCCCCGGGCCGGCCUUCACAGCCCGGCGGCCUCGCGCCAGCCGGCCGCGGCGCCAGCCUCGCCCAGGCGCCGGGCACUCACAGCGCGCCCACCAGUCUACCGCAGGCCGACCUUAGCCAGUUCCAGACUCAGCCCCUGGCCGGGCCCGCGGACGACGCUCGAAGAAAGUCCGAACCCCUACCUCAACCACCGCUCUCUCUCCUGGCUGAAAACGCGCCCGCGGCCGAUUCCCCGGCCCAGACCAUGCAGCUGACACCCGUGAACAGCCUGGCCGGCUCGGUGUUCGGCAUCGCUAUUCCGGUGGACGGCGAUGAGGACAGGAAUCCUUCAACUGCUUUCUACCAAGCGUUCCAUUUGAACACGUUUCAGGAAUCAAAGAGCCUCUGGGAUAGUGCAUCUGGGGGAGGUGUUGUAGCCAUUGACAACAAAAUAGAACAAGCAAUGGAUCUGGUGAAAAGCCAUUUGAUGUAUGCAGUGAGAGAAGAGGUGGAAGUUCUAAAAGAACAGAUAAAAGAAUUAGUAGAGAGAAACUCCUUACUUGAACGAGAAAAUGCACUGUUAAAAUCUCUUUCAAACAAUGAUCAGUUAUCCCAGCUCCCUGCCCAACAGGCCAACCCUGGUAGCACUUCUCAGCAGCCAGCAGUGACAGCGCAGCCUCCUCAGCCAGCGCAGCCUCCACAGCAGCCGAAUGUCUCCUCAGCGUAAGCUUUCCCAAGCUUCCUUCAGAAAAAAAUGGAAAGCCGUCUUUCCCGUGUGCCACCGCUGUUCUUCCCACUUUUACACGAAAGCAAGUAGCCAUGCUUUGGUUGUGUGUUUGGCCUUUUCAGUAUUAGACAAUCAUCCUGCAAGAGCUUUUCCUCAUCGGCGUCAUGCGGCUAUUGGUGUCCCCUGUCAUCAGUCACAAGGAGAACGAUAGAUGGGUUUGUUAGAGCAAAGUCUGCAUCUGCCCUGGUGCACAUGGGUGGGUCUUUAUUGCCAGUGGACUUACCUUGAGCCUUCUAUCACAUUAUAAAUAACCAUUCUUCUAAAGAGCCACUUUUCCUUUCAGUAUCAGAAACGUUUGCCUACAUAAGUUUUCAUUUUUUGUGUUUUAUUUAUUACAGGGCUGCUAUUUUCAUAAUGUACAUGAACAAUGUCACAGAAAUUUUUUAAUUUUUUUGAGUAAUUAUAAGUAUCUGUAAAGGAAUUGAAAGACAGGAUUGCAUUUAAUAGAUAAAAUGUUUAGGCAAUAAUUGAACAAAAGAAUCCUGGCAUUCUAACACUAAUGGCAAUUUACCUUUGGUAUUUAUUUUCCGUAGUAAAGACCCAGCUUGAAUGUAAAUUUUGUAUAGUGUAAGUAUGAAGAACAUAGUGCAUCUGUACAGGCAGUCACCAGUUAUUGUGAGAUAAUAAAUAAUUGGGCUAUUUUGAUGAAGAAAACUUUGUUCAUUUCUUUCUACUUUCUAAUAGAGAAAUUGCCAUGAUUCCUCUGCUUUUCAACAUUUCGUAUGACUUUUUUUCGGGUGGGAAUAAAAAGCUGUGAAUUGUUCAACCUACUUUGUAACCAAAGAAGCAAAGCUGUGUAAUGGAGUUUUUUUUUUUUAAUAUAUAUCUAUAUAUAAUGCACAUUCUUUAUGUAUUUUAUUUAGUGUUUUCUCGGUCACAGUUUCCUCUGCUGUCUAGCAUGCUCUGCAUGGCCUGCAACCUUUGAACCACUUUCGUACCUCAUGUUUUUACCCAGCACUCUUAUUGUAGUAUGUAACUAGUCUGUGAAAAAUGUCAAUAAAAGAGAGCAAGCAGGUGGGUGGUGGGGCUGAGCUAGUGUUCAGUACACUAGUUGUACAAAAACAGAAAUGAAGUGAGCCAGCUUUUGUUCAUUUAAAAAUGGUGUUUUGAAUUUCAUAUGCAGAAAACGUUUUGUUACAUUGCAGAUUUUAAUGUAUUUAAUAAAUGCAACAUGCAGAUUAAGUGCAGUGUAUACUGAGUAUUUAAAUUAAAAUGUACAUUUCAUAAGUACAUUUUCAAGAGAAAGCAUCAUUUUGUGUAUACUAACACAUUAAGUAUAUGUCAGAAGUUGAUGUAUAAAUAUAUAUUUUAACACAUUUUCUGAAAUUAAACUGCAGUUUUGUUGAAAUAUUUGGCUCUAUAUAUGUUCAAAAUGACUAGAUUUGUAUUUUCACAGUUCAAAAUAUUCCUUAAAUGAAAACCUGGGUUAUUAAUGAUAGUUCUUACAUUUUCAAAGUAAAAUAAUUUAAAGAAUGCAAGAAUGAUGAGCAAUAUUUGUACCAAUAUCCAUAUUAUGUUAGUUCUGAUAGAAGUAGGAAAUCCUUGUCUACCAAACUUUUACUUGAAUUCAGAAAGGUGCCUGUAAAAAUUGACAUGCGCUAUCAGUAGCCCACUAGCUCAUUGGGAGUUAAUGAGAAACAGUAGUUAGUUCAUUCUUUGUCUAUUUGAAACAGAUUAACCACCGACAGAAGGCAUAAAAUUGAGGAGUGCAUGGUUUGCCAAGUGUUUCUAUGUUCGUGUGCUGCAGGAUAUAUUUGACAGUGAAGAAGAGCUUAGUGUUGAGAACAUUAGAAAUAUCUCAGGCAAGUAAGUACAUGCAAGCUGAGUGAGGGAGGUUAAAGAUAGGACUGUAGUCCUACCCAGAGCCACAUAGGUGGGCAGGCAAGUGAGCUAACAAGUGAAGCUUUGCCAUUAGGAAGCUGACCCCCCAGUUCUAAACUGUGUGGUAAACCCUGAUUUAAAAAAAAAAAAAAACCAUACUGGAAAGGGCUGGGAGUAAACGGAGUCUCAGCCUGGACCACUGUGUCCCUAGCCUGCACAAGGCCUUAGGUUCAACCUUGUCACUGGAGAAAAAAGCAACAAAAAUUGUUAGUGAAAAUAAGAGCUAAAUUGAUUCUGGGGAUAGAACUUCAUAAAGUAUGGUAGUGGUCAUCAAGGAGAUGAUGACUAUGUCAGGCUUUAAAGUGACCUUCGUUGCUUGCAAUAUAUUU